AUGCUCGGGGUGCAGUCCGGGCAGAGCAGGACGAAGAGGAGUCCGGGGAUCUGGGAGACAAGGGGUCGGACGUGGCAGGAGGGAAACGGGGGGACGGGACCGUCCUCCACAGAAGAAGGCAUCGAGGACUUUGUCGGUGGGACCUACGUGCGAUUCGACGCCCCGAAAGCCAAAAUCCGGAGGAGCUGGCCCGGCGUCCGCGACAUGAUCUUGCAUCGCUACGUGGUGUCCCGCGUCAUCUGGGCCUACAUGCUGUCCAUCGCCGUGACCUACAGCAUCACUCUGUGUCUCUUCCCCGGGCUGGAGUCGGAGAUCCGGAACCCCACCUUAGGGGAGUGGCUCCCCAUCCUCAUCAUGGCCACCUUCAACAUGUCAGACUUUGUGGGCAAGAUCCUGGCGGCGCUGCCAUACGACUGGUCAGGAGGCCGCCUGCUCUUCUUCUCCUGCCUCAGGGUGGUCUUCAUCCCUCUGUUUGUCAUGUGCGUGUACCCGGCCAGCGCGCCCACCCUGUCCCACCCCGCCUGGCCCUGCCUCUUCUCCCUCCUCAUGGGCGUCACCAACGGGUACUUUGGGUCCGUGCCGAUGAUUCAGGCCGCCGGCAAAGUGCCCCCCGAGCAGAGGGAGCUGGCAGGGAACACCAUGACCGUCUCCUACAUGACGGGCCUGAUGGUCGGCUCCGCUGUGGCGUACGCCGCGUACAGCUUCACCUCUCCGGCAACGGGAACAAGCUUCUCCACGCUCAACGUGCGCACACCUGCCAACGCCACAGGGUUCUGA